AUGCACUUGGGCCAAAGCAAUCAGGACCUUGGGAUCCAGCGAGGCCGUUUGUCCUUCACAAGAUCACAACUCGAGAGUUGCUUCAAUACAAUAUUGCAGGAAAUCAAGGACCUCAUUGAGGAGGCACUUGCCAAAUUUGAAGGCACCAAUCGCCUCAAAGGCAUAGUCAGACACGUGAAUUACGUCGUUCUCUCAGGUGGCCUAGGGAACUCCGACUACGUCUUGAAUGAAUUGACCACAUUCUUCAAUGAUUUAGCAAAGGAGGCGAACACUUGCGUCGGAUCAAAGAUCUUCAGAGCUGAGAGCGAUGCUGGGAUGGUCGUGGCCAAUGGCCUUCUCAACGGUCGAGGAACUAAGGCUCACGCACUCGGAGAACACAUCGCACGAGCUAACUAUGGCAUCAUCGUCGAGGAUCCGCGAUCUAGAGGGUCUGCUCGAUACCCCGAGGGCCCUACGAUUCGUUGGCUGGUGAAGUUUGGAGAUACCAUCCAGGUCGGCAAACCGAUAACCGUCGGCAUCACCAAGCGCCUGGAGAAGAGCGACCAAGGGAAAUGGACUGAGAAGAUUGUGUGGUUAAGGGGAACACGCGAAUUCCUACCCGAGACCGUGAAAGAUGGAUGGGAACUGGGAAUGGAAGAGCUCCGCAGCGUCGAUAUCGAAGUCCGCCAAGGUACGAAGCUGAGUUCCACACAAACCUGGCGGGGCAGUACCGUAUAUCCCAAUUGUGAUUUCAAGUUGAUGUUAAGUGUCGGGCCGUCGGGCGACUGCGAUGUGGAAGUGUCGGAGAACGUCAUCAAACGGAGCGAGUAG